AUGAUUGUUAAGCCAUGGUCUGCAACUUUCAACUUUCAUGCUGAGAUUCUUCGUGUUGUUCCUCUGUGGAUCAAAUUGCCCAAUCUACCACUGAAUUGUUGGGGAACUGACUCACUAAGCAGAAUUGGUAGUUUAGUUGGAGUGCCCUUAUAUGCUGAUGAAUGCACCUCAAAACAACUUAGGAUCUCCUUUGCUAGAAUUCUAGUUGAGGUUGAUGUGACUAAAGCUCUCCCUAGGUCAGUUUUAGUUCAGGAUCCAAGUGGGAACACUGUUGUUCAAAAGGUGAUCUAUGACUGGAUUCCCCCAUACUGCAAGAAAUGCAAGAAUGUAGGUAAUGACUGUUCUAAGGGGAUGCCAACUGCUAGGUUUCAUCCUUCUGUUCACAUUCCUAAAAAGAAGUGGGUAAUGAAGGGUACUGUAAAAAAAAACACCACCACCAAUGAGGUGCAACCCAAGGCCCAACAGGAAACCAGUGUGAUCCCAAAUCCACCAGUUGAAGAUGAUGGGUGGAGGGUGGUCACCAGGAGGAGAUUAACUAAGUCACCCAUGGGUACACCUUUGGUGUCAAUUCCUGAAGGGCUGGUACAGGUUAAUGCUUCAUUUGAUGCUGAUGGAGUUAGAGGAGGUGGGGAAGCAGGUGGAGGAGAUUCCCCAUAUCCAGUUCCAUGA